AUGCUCAAUAUGGAAUUCCUACCCGUUGCCCAUUCAUGUGGUGGUGAAAUCAAGACGGAUGUGUCUCCAAAUCCAAAGUAUCGCCACGAUUUCGUUACCUUUCCUGGAAGUAGGUACUUCACUUGCAAGAAUUAUGAGGACGAUGGGAUGCACUUUCGUCAACCAUGGACUUUUGGUGUUGAGGAUGAAGUAAGGCGCCUAAGGAUGGAGGUCAAUGAUAUGGCUGAAGAGAUUGCUAAGCUUAAGAGGCUUAUUACCUCCACAUCCCGUCCAAGAGAUUGCUAA